AUGGGUAUCUUGCUGGUUUAUGAUGUUACUGAUGAAGCAUCUUUCAAUAAUAUUAGGAUUUGGAUUCGCAAUAUUGAACAACAUGCUUCUGACAAUGUAAACAAGAUACUUGUGGGAAACAAGGCUGAUAUGGAUGAAAGUAAAAGGGCUGUACCUACCUCCAAAGGUCAAGCUCUUGCUGAUGAGUAUGGUAUCAAGUUCUUUGAAACUAGUGCACAAACGAACAUGAACAAGGAGGAAGAAAAGGAAUCCAGCGGCGGCGGCACACCUCAGUUUCCUUAG